AUGAACAUUCAGAAAGAGGCGAAAAAUGGAAACACAGGAAAAUACGAUCACGCCAAAAAGGGAAACAAAAAUAACAAACAAGAAUGUUACUCGACCAAUUUAAUUAAAACAGAUGAUAAGGUUAACAUGCUUAAAAAUAAUACUAACGAAAAUGGGUGCUCUGAAGAAAUUGUGAGUGAAAAACUCAAAGUCAAUAUUAAUCAAAGUGUGUUAAAAGAAGGCACAACAACACCAAUUUUUAAAAACGAUAGGGACACGACAGAGGAUGCGAAGAAGAAAGGCAAUGGGGAGGUGCAUUAUAAAGGCAGUACCCGUGACGCAGAUGGUUCCCCCGUAAAGACUAGCACAGAAGGGGUCGUGCAUGAUAAGAGCAAGGGUAGUGUGUGCAACCAUAAUAAUGUCGCGAACGGGGCAGAUAAUGAUUAUCAACAUGGUCGUGUCGCAUGGGGUUGCACAAACAAUGACGGAAGGGAUACAACGCAAAGCAGCAACCGAGAAUUGGACGAAAGAACAAAUGUUGAGACAUUAAACAAAGUGUUACCCAAAAGUGAAGUAAAAAAAAAACACUACAGUAAUUUGUUGCCAAACAGAAAUUGCAACGAUGAUGAUAAGUGUAACUUGUCUCAAAAUGUUAAGAAGGUGCCUCCUAGCCAAGAGGAAAAGGAGAAAUUCGAAACGAGUCCUGCAACAUGCAAAAGGAAGAGUGUGGGCAAAGACCCCCCUGCGAAUGACAAAAGGGGUUCUGCGUCCAAAGGGUGCAAUGGCGACAACAAACCAGUUGACACUUCAGUGGAAGCGCCCCCGUUUAAUACCCCUCAAAAGGGUAGCAAUAAUGACGAGAAAGAGGCGCAGUAUGUCAAAAUGGAGAGCCGUAUAAGCUCCAAACAAAAUAAUGAAAAGACUGAGAGGACUACGAACGAAAAUGGAGCAAUGGGUGAAGGAGCGAAACAGGGGGAACCGAUGCCUAGGGACAACAUAAAGCAGAGCAAAAAUGCCAAUAUACAUAAAAAUAAAAGCGUUGUGAAGGAUAAUUUAGACGUAAUAACCAAGGGGGAUGGAAACACGGAACGGGGCCCAAAGGAUGAUCACCCGAAUGAUCAUAUAAACUCCAGUGUGAAGAGAACACCGAGCGGGAGCAGCAAGAAGACUUACCCCUUUAAGCGAAGCGAGCAUCAAAAGGAUAAAGAAAACAGGAAUGAAGAGACAAGCAGCAAUAACGUGAUGAGCCAGAAAAAUGGAAAUUACAAAAAGUUCCCCACAUUCAAUAAUUCCAACAACGGGGCAUCCUUUAAGAAGGAGUUGAGAAAGAAAAACCCCAAUAUUGGGAGCUGCAACAGAAAGAGUGAGAACCACAAAAAUUUUGGCCACAGUAAGAGAGAACAAUGUUGGAAGAUCUGUAGAGACAAAAACGAGGAUUGCAACACCACAAGUGGGGACUAUUUUAAAAGCGGAGAGAAUUACAAAAGGGAGGAGAGUUACUCUCCUGGGGACAAUUCCCCCAACAGCAGCAACAACAGUAACGGUAGAAGUCAUGAGCCACAUAGGACAAAUGAAAGGGGCUUCAAGAAUAGCAACCCGCGCACAUGUAGGAACGCAAUUAACGGGGGAUACAAAAAUGUUUGUGGCAAGGCCCAAAUGGAUAACUCCGCAAAAGUGGACGAUAAUUUCCACAACGCAGGUCAUUAUAAAAUGAGCAAUUACAAGAAUCACUAUCGUAACGGCAAAAAUGAAGAUACCACGGGAAGCUCCAACAGGUAUGGGGAGAAAAGCGGCAGCCAAGAUCAAGGCGUGUACUGGACGAACCAGAAUGAGCAGCACGAGCGAUACGAACAAUAUGAACCGUACGAACAAAAUGGAAAAAACGAAAGCCUAAAUUUUAGAAGAAAGAAUUUUAAGAACAAAAAAGAAUCAACGGGCGUGAAGCAGCAGGACACGCGAUUUCACGCGACGGAAAAAUACCCCAAGAAAUACGACGCGAAUUAUUUUGAAAGAAAUGACAGCGCCAAUGUCGGUAACGAUAGCGGUAGUGCUAACAAAAAAAAAGUAAAUUCUUCUCUCAAGAAAAUACAAAGUACUAAUUAUAGUAAACACUCACCCAUUAAUGGCGAUACAAAAGGGAAGGAAAGCAACGGGUAUGAUGAAAAUGAUUCCACUGAUGUGUGUACAGAAGGAGAUGCGAGUGUUAAUAGCACGGAGUUGGUGGACAAACAAAUCAUACACACGGUCAACCAUACUUCGUCAUCUAGCACGUACCACAAUAGUGGUGAAAAGACUCAUAAUCAUAUACCCCGUGCUGGUAAGAAAAAUAGCAUUGUCAUGAGUAGUCCUUCACACCAAGGUAAUAUUAACCAGGAUAACAAAGACUAUCAUAAGCAUACACAUACCAAUUAUGGUAAGAGGAACCCAAAGAGGAGCAUCACCGCUGGUGGUAAUUCUGAUCAUAUGAAAAGCGAAAAUAAAUGCAAUUUUAUCCCCAAUGCGGAUAUGAGCGAUAGUGGUCGAAGCAAGUUGAAUAACAGUGGCGAAAAAGAUGUAAUGAAGGGCAUAAGGACAAAGGAAUACAAGACGAGGGAUUACGGAACCCUGGAAGGAGAAGGACACGGUGCACAUGUAAAAAAAAUUGAACGACGAGCGAAGCAUUUUACUGCCCAUCCGGGAGAUUGCACAAAAAGUCAUGUAGCAACAAACGGGAAUGAAUAUCACCACGCAGCAGGGAAUGGGAAUGUGAAGGAUCAAACAAACUCACAACAAGGUGAGAAAGAUAAGAACCCCAAAAAUGGAGGAAAGCAAAACCAUUCGAAUGGCCCAGAAAAUAAAAGGACAAUGUUGUCCCAGAAAAUAGAUCAAAGGAGCAGCAAUGCGGACGAAGUAACCCCCACUUUUAAUUUUAAUGAGUUCGAGUGUUGGAUGAGUGGCAGAUAUAAUAAGCUGUUAGACACAUACAUCGAUCAGCAGAACAGGAAAAAAAACAACAGUGAAAUAUUUGAGGAUGAAAUAAAAGUAUACGAAUUGUGUUCAGCUUACACCAAUAGUGGUGUGGAAAAGGAAAGCCAUGAGAACCUCUCCCAAAUGACAGAAACGUUAGGAAGCCGAGACACCACUGAGGAGGAUGGUGCAGGAAGUAAUGAGAACGCAAAUGUUCAAACGAACUCGGAUAUUGCAAAUGAAAGGGAACUGGUGAUUGAAGGUAAGGGCCGGUUCUCCACUCGAAGAAAUAAAGGAGAACAUGUAGACCACACUGCGGGCGAUAAUUAUAAGAGUGGAAAGAGUAAUUAUUUCCCUGGUGCAAAAAAUCAUAUGCAUUUAUUAGAUAGCAGCGCUGCCCAUGAGGGGGAAAACAUGUACUACCAAAGAAAUAAUAAUUACCGCCCAAAACAUGAGAAAAAGCCUUUGCAGUUUCUCCAUAAGAAUGGUCCACAGAAUAAUAAGGCACCAUUUUUGAGUUCUUCGAGUAAAAAAUGGGAUAAUUUGGGUAGAGCAGGAGGGGAGGAAGUGGUCGAAAAUGCGAUAGAGGACGCAAAGUUGGAAGGAAAGCUGGAAGAAAAUACAGACACAAACGCCGAAAAUAACGCCAACAAUAACACUGGUGCAAACGUCACGCCAUCUGUGAAAAAAUACAGCGCGCACAAUAAGAACAACAAGGGAGAAGAAAAAGCCGGCGACGGAAAUUUCAACAGAAAGAACUACUAUGCAAAAAGACAAUCGGGAAAAGGGUUCGGCAGCAGCAACAUAACCACUAAGAAGCUCAGUAGCAGUAAUGGGUUUCACAAGAAUAAGUAUCACGCUGGAGACCACAAGAAUGACUACAUGAAAAAUGAAAUGAACAACGCGACGUUUUAUAAGUCGAAUAGGCACACGAUGGGUCAACACAAUAAUAAGAGGAACAACUGGAGCGCGAAAUUGGUAAACGACCGAUUUGGAAAUCGGUACGAAGAACCCUUCCGUGAGCAACUCAAUGAACGGUUUAGUAAGCAAAAUAAUUCAAACGACAUGGACCACACGAGUGGCAUGUUUUAUGCUUCUAAAAACAGGAUAGACAAGCAUGACAUGCUACGAAAUGAAAUGGGUACCGCCUCUACACAUAAUUCCAAUCCAGCUGGGAAUAGUAGGAAAUCGAACUGA